CAGUAAUUAAUUUUGAGAGAAUAUAUAACUUUAUGUAACUUAAUUUUGAAAAAUAAAAGCAAAAGAGUUCAUCUCGAAACGGAACGUAGUUGAGGGGGUCUUCAUGUUUUUGGGUACUGAUUACAUCAGUUUCCCCUUCCUUUUCCGUCCGACCCUCCUCCCUCCUUCGUCUAGUAAUCCAAUUGCUUCCAUUUUAGACUCUGCUCCACCUCCCCCCCCUUCUCCCAUCAAAUUAUAUUAUAUAUAUAAUAGAAGCGAGAAAGAGAGAGAGAGAGAGAGAGAGAGAGAGAGAAUCUAGAGAGAGAGAGAGAGAGUCAUGGAGGUGGUCGUACCCGUGCACGAGUUCCACUUGGAGAGCGAGACGACGAGCCCCUACGUGAGCGCGCCCUCGAGCCCACGCCUCUUCACGAGCCCCGCGCCCAACGACGACGACGACGACGACGACCACAACAACCCCUUCGACCUCCGAUUCCACUACUGCAGCGUCCCCUCCUCCCCCACCCGCGCCGCCGCCCUCUUCGCCCACUUCUCCGCCCAUGGCGGCGGCGGCGGCGGCGGCGGAGGGGAGGGCAUCGUCCCCCGCCCCUCCUCCUCCUCCUUUUCUACCGCGUCCAUGGUGCCCUUCGACUGGGAGGAGAAGCCCGGCACACCCAAGCCACGCUUCUCCUCGGCCGCCGGCGCCGGCGCCGACGACGACGACGACUUCGCGUUCGACUUCGAGCCCCGCGAGCCGCCGCCGGAGCUCGCCGCCGCCGACGAGCUCUUCGACCGCGGCCGCAUCCGCCCCCUGAAGCCCCCGCCGCGGCUCCAGCACCUCGCCGCGGCGGACGACCGGAGCAGCGCCGCCUCCUCGCCCCGAUCCCCGCGGAUCAGGGCCCUGCUGUCCCCGCGCCGCCGCCGCGGGGGCCGCGGGGGCCGCGGGAGCGGCGGGGAGGAGUUCGACCCCUUCGUCGCCGCCAUGGCCGAGGCCACCAAGGAGCGGGGGAGGGACCCCUCCUUCGCCCCUUCUAGAAGCCGGAGUCGGAAGGGGUCGCGAUCGCUCUCCCCUCUAAGAGUCGGAGUCGGAGUCGGAGUCGUCGACCGCACCAAUCCCUUCGGUAACCCCUUCGAACCAAACCCUAAUUCGAACCCCUCCCCCUCUCCUCCUCCUCCUCCUCUCCCUCUCCCCAACACAUCCUCCUCCUCUUCCUCCUCUUCCUCCUCCUCCUCCUCCUCCUCCUCCGCCACCACCACCAAAAAAGUAGGAAAGAGGUGGCGGCUAAGCGAUCUCCUCCUCUUCCGAAGCGCCUCCGAGGGUCGAAUCACCGGAAACAGAACCAAGGACCCCAUCUUCAAGCACUCGCCCAUGUCCCUCUUCACCUCCUCCACCGUAUCCCCAUCCCCAUCCCCCUCGAAAGUGUCGGGGGCGAGCCAUUCGAUCUCCAAGUCAACGAACGGCGACGGCGGGUCAACGAACGGGGGAGAGGAGGAGGAGAUGAAGCAGAAGAAGAGGGCGUCGUCGGCCGCUCCGGUUCAUUUCUUUAGCUGCUUCCGGUUCAACCCGGUCGUGAACCGGUUCGCUCGCGGGUUCAGCAACUCCGCCUACACGCGCGGCCACUCAGGUUAAUUAAUUUGGUUUUAAGGUUUUAAUAAUGCUCUACAGCUAUAAUAAAUAAUUUUAAAUUGUGUGUUUUCUUUUUUUCCAUCGUUUUUUUUUUUUCCCGACAUUUUGAUUUGGGGUAAUUUGUAAUUAUUUAUAAAGUAAAGGAUUUCAAAGACAGAUAAAGUCGUCUGUUUCUGAAUAGUAUGUCGGUGAUUAUUUUUUGAGUUUAUUCUCUGGUUUUGGAUUAA